CCUCCCCAAAGCGCAGCACCGCCGUUGUUGUUGUGGAAGAUAAUAAUGGCGGCAGCUGGAGGCGGAUUACCAGCCUCGGCUGUCGUUGCAGGCGCGAACCCGUGGGCCGCGGCGCGCUGGCGUUUCCCGGGCCGGCCAUGGUCGUCUCGGAGUCAGGUGAAAAGGGAGAAGCGGCUGCGGGUGGGCCGGCUGGGGGCCGAGGACGCCGCGGCUCUGUCCGGCGGCCCGAGGCCCGUCAACGUCGGCGCUGCGCUUCGGGAAGACCCGUGCCUGCUGUGCAUGCUCGGACUGGCUGAUAAACUCGAGCGGCAGAAUGAGGCCGGGUUCUGCUCCAGCGACAGCGACGAGGAUCACACUGGUACAAAUCUCAUGGAGGAUAUUUGCCCAAGAGGAAUGAAUAUACAUAAGAUUCCAGUGAUCUGCCUUACUGACAUCUUCAAGGGGGAGAGAGUUUUCACAGGCUUUCAGGCAGAUCGUCGGUGGUCCUUGCGGGCUGGACAAGGCAGUCUAUAUAAAUCCCCUACAGCACCAUCGAAAAAGAAGUUACCUCAGGCUCUUGUACCACCUGAAAGUGAUCAGAAUGCCACCACUGUGGAAACUGCUGAGCUUGGAAGGAAAAGUGGUAAAGGUCUCAGAACUGAGCGCAAUACUGGGAGGCCCAAGCUGUUUGUUAAACUAGGCAGCAAAAAGGUGACCAAGAACAGUGCAUCAGUUAGGCAUCAGUUGAAGGCUCCUCCGGACAUGUUUGGAGGGCGAGCAUCUCAGAAGGAGGAAGGACAUUUGUAUUCCCUUCAAGACGAAAAUAACGGUGUAGAAGAUGAACUGCUCGAUGCAUCUUCUGCUGAUGAAGGAACAGCGGCAGCUCUCAGAGAGGAAGAAAAGGGAAGGAGGCAAGGUUAUAAUGUCAUGCCAGGAAGACAAAGGAGGAGGCGGAGGAAAGUUUUAUGGACUUUGUCUAUGGUUAAGGGGAGGGGAAAAACUUCCCAAAGCACCGAUAGAAGAUAUACAGAGAACAGAAAGAUUAAGGAUGCACUGACUACUGAUGAAGAUGUUUCUAUGUCUCCCAAAAUUGCUAGAAAACGAAGAAAACUCCACAAGGUCACGAGUGCCUCCCUAGAAGCAGGGACUGAUUCAGGACAGAAACAUGCAGGUUCAGCUAAUGGAGGUGCUGGGACAUCGUUGGGAAAUGCCUCUAAAAAACAACACUUUGGCUUUAGGCGGCGCAAGUCUAUAUUUGGUUAUCGAAAGAAGUCGUUAGAGCGGGAAAUGCGGAAGACCCAUGAACCUCAGCAACCUUCUGAAGUUAAGAUCCGUAGAAAAAGAAUUCGUCAUGUCUACUACACCUACGAAGCAGUGGGCUUCCCAGUGAAACAAGAUCAUCACGAGGAGCUGCCCAAAAAAUCAGAGAACACAGAUGUGCCAAUUCAACCAGGUCUCAAUCAAGGCUGUGUGGUUAGUGCUCGGUCAUCUAGGGUGAUCAGGGCACCCAAAAGGUUCAUGGAUGAAGAAAGCUUGCCUGGACGGCGUGUGAAAAAACCUGAUCAAAUGCAGGGCUCACCAAAUGAGCCUGGCUUUGAAUCAAAGCAAACUGAGAUUCCUCAGUCCCAAAGCAAAGACUUCAAAAGAAAGCGAAGGAGCAAAAAAAUGCAGAACCUUGAUGAUGGCAAAGCUACCACUGACGAAAAGAUCAAGUCUCAGGAAGGAAAACGCAGACGUUCCUCAGGACUCCAAGAUGCCCCUCGUAAGAAGGUGGGGAGGUUGGCUUACGAUUCCACCCAUCUUAAAAUUUACGAGAGGCUGAAGAAGCUCACCACGAGCUUGGCUCUGCGAAGGCAAAAGCGGAUGGCCAGUUCCACAAAUGAUAGUGAAAAACUAGAAGAGGAACCUCAGGAUGCAAGACGACCCACAGGUUCUGAAAAUGUAGUAAGAAGAAGGACCACUGAUAUAAAGAUAGAGGAUGUGAACUCUCCAGGAAUAGUACGAAAAGUAGCUGUACAUAUUGAUGAUACAGCGAGUCACCCAGUACCUUCCUCUGCUGAUCAAGGUGAAGGUGUGGCCAAAGUAAUCGCAGAGAUUACGAACCUUGAGGACAUCGAUGUUCAAAGCCUGGAUGUGAAGACUUCUCAGGGUUUGUUUGGGCAGGUCAGUCCCAUUCAAAGAAUCAACCUCUCUGGUGCCAACAAGAAGAUGCUCCACUUGUUGAAGAAGGCCAAGGUCCAGCUGAUUAAAAUCGACCAGCAGAAACAGCUAAAGUCUGCUCAGCUGUUGUCUGGUGUGGGAGUUGGGGAUGGUGCCAUACGAGGUGUGCAGAGGAGGAGAAAAAGAAUGGGCAAGGUGAAUGCACAAUCGAUUUCUCAGGGGCAGACAGUAGGAGGUCCGAGGAUAAAACACGUGUGUCGGGCAGCAGCAGUAGCACUGGGUCAGCCUCGUGCCAUGGUGCCAGACGAUAUCCCCAGACUCAGCGCUCUGCCUCUGCACGAGAGGGAGGGCAUUGCACCGUUGCCGAAGACCGAGGAUCUAGGCUCUGGCUCAGAACCUGAGAGCAAUGGUUCUACCGAGCAAAAGUCAGUGCCCAGUAAAAAGUCGCUCAGUUUAAGGCAGAGACGCUGUUUACGCUGCAAGGGAUGCUGUCGAGAAGAAGACUGUGGAAAAUGUGUGUUCUGUCUGGAUAAACCGAAAUAUGGAGGGCCCAAUAAGAAACGCCAGAGCUGCAUCUAUAAGAAAUGUGUGAGGAUUGAAGACAAGAGAGUUAAGCGACUGAAAGUUCAGAUGAAGCGACGUUCGGCUUCAGAGUCACCUUUCCCUUGCAGCAGCGGAGAGGAAGAGGGCGAGCGAAGUGGUGCAAAAGAAGACGAGUCGAGCCAAGCGGACCCCACUAAUUACCUGAGCCCCACUAGGAAACAGCCUAAGCGACGGGUCACCCCCCGUUGCUACAGCAGCUUACUAGAGUCUGAUUCCACGGAAACGGAAGAACCCAGCGAGAAUGCAGGAAAGGAGCAGAGCAGUACGGUUGCAGCUAAUCAGUCUACUGGCGUGCCUGCUAAUGCUCAGUACGAGGUGCUGAAACCACGGAAGCCUGUCUUGCCACGAGGGUUGUGGGCCCGACGGCGAAUUGAUAAGAGCUCAGCGGAGCACACGCCGCCCAAUGUUCUCACAGCACUGGCCAACGGCUUUACCCAGCGGGAUCCGCACGCACGAGAACUGGUUCGCAAAAUCCGGGUGGACUUCAAGGAGGACUGCAGCCUUCAAAAUGUUUGGGCGAUGGGUGGACUAAGUAUUCUCACAUCUGUUCCAAUCACACCAGAGUGUGUGUGUCUUCUCUGUGCAAGCAAAGGCCAUCAUGAUAUGAUAUUUUGUCAGAUGUGCUGUGAGCCUUUCCAUCACUUCUGUCUUCCGGUGGAUGAUCGUCCACAGAAAGAGAACAAGGAAAACUGGUGUUGUAGACGCUGCAAGUUCUGCCAUGUCUGCGGCCGUAAAAGCAAACAUGGAAAGCCGGUUAUACAGUGUAGAAGGUGUUUGCACUGCUACCAUCCAUCCUGUUUAGGACCCACCUAUCCCAAACCAGUCAAGUCUAACGCAUCUUGGGUGUGCAUGAUGUGUAUUCGGUGCAAGAGCUGUGGGGUUACUCCUGGGAAGUCCUGGGACAUGGCCUGGAAUCAUGAGCUGAAUCUUUGUCCUGACUGCAGUAAACUCCAUGGUCAAGGCAACUUCUGCACAGUGUGUCUCAAGUGCUACCAGGAACAUGAAUUUGACAGCAAAAUGAUGCAGUGUGCUUCCUGUGCCCAUUGGGUGCAUCCUAAGUGUGAGGGACUUACAGAUGAUUUGUAUGAGAUACUCAGCAGAUUGCGGGGGAAGAGUGUGGUGUUCUGUUGUGCGGCCUGCAGUAAGAGCUACCCGAGUCGCUGGCAAGAGGUAGUACAGCAUGUGCUGAGGAAUGGUCUGGAGAAGGUCAUGACAGGCCUAAAGAUCUCCCCCACCACCAGCCACCUUCAGACCUGCUUCCAGUGUGAGACUCAACUACAUGAUGAAUGUAUAAAGGAAGGAAACACAGUCUGUGGUCUUCGUGCUGUGGACAGGAAGCUUGCAGAUGGCCAGUAUGCUUCACUGAAAAUGUUUCAUGAAGAUGUGGUAAGAUUGUUUGUAAAGAAGCUGCAUGAAGAACAGUGUCUUCCAGAGGAGCAGAGGCUUACUGCACAAGCCAGGAUCUGCUAUCUAAGGUUGCUGGAGCAGAAUUUCAAUUGGUUUGACAGUCAGGACCCCACAGCAUGGAAACCAGCUUUGAAAGAAUUCCCUAGUGGUAUGCUGCCAGAAGCCAUAAUUCCUCCCUCUGAUGAGCAUAGUUAUGCUCAGUGGCUGGACAAACAAGACAGGGCAAUUACCAGAGCAAAAGAGACUCAAGAAAAAAAAGGAGUACAGGGCACCACAGAUGCUCUGAAUGUCAACCACGGUGAUGCAGAUGAAAGACAGUGUUCUCUCUGUCAACUGCAUGGUGAUUCCAAACCCAGUGAGGCCGGCAGGCUGCUGUACCUGGGGCAAAAUGAGUGGGCUCAUGCAAACUGUUGCAUCUGGUCAGCUGAGGUGCAGGAGGUUAAAGGAGCACUGCUGCAUGUCCACAGUGCUGUAACCAGGGGCAGAUUUAUGCGCUGUGAGCGGUGUACCCAGGUGGGAGCAACAGUGGGUUGCUGUCUCUCAACUUGCCAGAGUAACUACCAUUUCAUGUGUGCUCGUGCCAGCCACUGCGUCUUUCAAAGCGACAAGAAGGUCUACUGUAACAAGCACCGUGACCUCAUCAAUAACAAGGUGGUGAAUGCAUUUGAGGUCCUCAGGCGGGUGUAUGUAGAUUUUGAGGGUAUUAGCCUUCGCAGGAAGUUUCUGACUGGCUUGGAACCGGAGUCUGUUAAUGUGAUGAUUGGCUCUUUACAGAUUAAUAAACUGGGUGUCCUGACAGAGCAGUCUGAAGUUGCAGGAAAUCUGUAUCCUGUGGGUUACCAGUGUACACGGUGGUAUUGGAGCACAGUGGAUCCAAGAAAACGAUGCCGGUACACUUGCAAAGUCACAGACGUGCAACCAUCACCAACAAGAGGUUACCAUUUAGCACAAAACCAGGGGGAGAACUGCACCAUAGCACAUAGCCCAAACCCUCAAGACUUCCCUAGUACACAGACUAGUCCUGUUGUUGACCAGCUGUCCAGUACCCCAUCUCCUAACUCCAAACUUGACUCAGCAUCAGAACCUAAAACUCCAAGGCACCCUCUAAACAGAAGACCAGCUGGUGGAACUUUUAAACCGUUGCCAUCCCCAGGGACUGCAAAUUCCACAACCCACCACAUCCUGACCAUUAGUGAUCUUGAUGACACUCGCCGGUCCAAGAGACUGUCUUUGCGGCGAAAUGCUUCUUCGCCCCAGAAGUCUCCCACUGGACCGGCGAAAGUGCGUUUAGGAGGCACUCCACACCCUAGAUCGCUUCCUUUUAGCUCGCCUGUUUCUCCUCUUGGUGCUACUGAGAAUCUGAUGAGCUCUCUGUCGCCUCGGCGAAAGGGACGUCCUCCUUCUUCCCCUUCUGGUGCUACCUCAGCGUAUUCCCCUCGGCAAGGAACAAUUGGGAGCAAUCCUUCAACUGCUUUCUUGUCUCCACGCCACUCUCCAGGGACUCAGCAACACUUCAGGAUAACGCCACAUGAGUUCGCGGAGGUACCUCAAGAUUUCUCUGCCUCUUUGGAGCCAGAAGAUGCUGCUGGAAUGCCGGAGGAGUGCAUCUCCACAACUGCGGUCAUUGCUGACGGCAGUGCCAUUCCACUGUCGUCUGAUCAGGAGUUGCUCUCCACUUCUUUUGACGCGGACACAGAUGUUGCAGUUGCCUCAGUGCUGAACGCAAAGCUGGAGUUUGAUGAGGCCCUGUUGAAUGAGAAUGUGGCACUGCACUGUGGACUGUACAGCAAUGUAGCAGAAGGGCCAGAAAUGAGAGAGAGCCAAGGAGCACUUGUUGAAGGAAACAGUUUGCUCGGCAGGAUUUCAGACGAAGAUGCCAGCCUAUACAGCGCCAGUGAAAAAGACUUGCCUGACCUUGCAGACCCUGACGGGCAGAUGGAGGUGGACUCGGUUGAUGGAGACUCUGACAAUUAUCUCAACUUCUCUCGCACAGUAGUGCUCUGUGAUUCUGUCAAGGACUCCAUCCAGGCAGGGCUAACUGUUCUUCCCACGUCGCAGUCCAUCUCUCAGCUUGAUGGAGCGGACAAGGAUUCAGAUAGUGAUGCAAGUGAAGCCGGUGGUGAGGACGAAACUCAGGAAGUAGGGAAUAGUUACCAUAAUCAGGAUACUGAGCCAUCAAUGGGCAUCUCCCAUAACUUCGGAAGCGAGAUAGUUUCCACGCCAGAAUCCUUUCCAAUUUGGAAUACAGGUGCAGGACAAGACAGCAUGUCUAAGGAAGACUUAUUAGUGCCAGAAGUGUCGCUGGCACCUGAGGCAGUCUUUGACCCGUGCCGUGAUCUUGUUGCUAGACAAGAAGACGUUGUGACUGAGAGCGAACCUGUAGAUGAUUUCAACGAGGUGUUGUUGGAUCCGGAGAUGGGUCAUUUUGUGUCUGCUAAAGACGGCAGUAUAGUGCAUAGGGGCGAUUCCUCACCUGUUGACUCCGUAAACAAGAAUGCAAAACCACCAGAGGAGAACAUGUUGCCAGAGCAGAAUAUUUUGCCACAGCCAAAAGUAAUGUCGGUCCCUUCUUUGAGCAGUGCUGCAAAAGUGCAAAUCAUAAGUCCUGGACCACCCCCUCAAAGGACUUUGACCCUUCCACAGGCUGUACCACAGCACAGAAUAAUCAAGCUGACCGUUCCUGCUGGCACAUUGCCUCUGUCUUUACCUGUCAACUUUCCAGUUGUUUCCACCUCACCUGCUGUUUCUGGUGCUUCCUCUCAGGUUGUGGGUAAUGGUCUGGAAUCUCCUAAAGAAGUCACAAGGGGCCGAACAAUGGCCAUACGCAUUCCCGCCGCCACAAAAUCAAAUGUUACUGGUGCUUUACCCAGCCCACAAAUUCUGCUAGUCAACAGCUCUGGCCAGGUCUUAAUAAAAGACCCACAGACCAACACUUUCCAGAUGCCUGCUGCAAAUUCACCUUCCUACAGCCACAUCAGCCAGAUUGCUAAGAUUAUCCACAGCAGUAAACUUGUUAAGCAAACUGUACCAAGAGUUAUGGUUACCCCUGUGCCUCAAACAGGCCACAGCCAAACUCAAACUACACAUGUUGUAUCAUAUAGCAAUGGAACAGCACCGUCUACAAAAGUUUUCUUCAGAAGGCUACCUCAAAAUUCGUCAGAAAUUCUAAUGACUAGUGGAAGCAGCGGAAGGACGAACAACCCACCUAUAUCGACCUCACCAGUACUGGCCAGUAUUAACCCAAGAGAUAAGGCACAAGCCAUUAUAGAAAAAGCCAUGGCAAGCCACCGUGAAACGGUAAACCCCGUUUUGCUCAGCCCCUCCCAGAACCUUCCAUAUGCUGGUAAACUCCACUCUCCUGAUGCGGCAUACCAGCCUUCAGAACUGCACAGCCGGCCUCAGCCUGCCAUUCUGUCCCGUUCAAAGUCUCAGGUCAGGAUGAAGAGGGUCUCUUUAUCAUCAGAACGACCCAGUGUUAAAAAAUGCAAGACGGACUUCGCGGAGCAGACUGUUUCUAACUCUCUGGAUGAACUUAACAAAUUCAACAAAGUACGCAUUAAGGCCCCAACUGUUAAGGAUGUGCUGGACUUUGACCGUCCAGAAGUCGAAAAGGUUGAUCAACCAAAGACGAAAGAGGAAGCCAAAGAGUUUAAGAACAAAAGAAUUACUUCACUGGAAAGUGAAUCCACUGAGCCACAAGAACGAGUGAAGGGUAGCCACGACAAAACCCAUGAAUGGGUCAGCUCCAAAAACAGUGACCUCUCUGACUGGACUCCUUGUGCAGACUGGAGUUCAGAUGAGGAUCUUCCAUCACCCUUUAAGCAGGAGGAGGAUGAAUAUGCAAGUCAAACUGAGCCUCAUCUGCUCUUUAAAAUCACCAGUGAUGAUGGCUUCAGUGUGGAGGCAGAAAGCAUAGAGGUGGCGUGGAGGGCGGUGGUAGACGGAGUUCAGGAGGCACGGACAGGCUACAGGCUUGAGCAGUUACCGCUAGGGAGGAUGAGUGGCGGUCGAGUAAUGGGUGUCAUUCAUGAUGCUGUGCUGUUCCUAUUGGAGCAGCUGCAGGGGGCAGCCCAGUGCCACAAACACCGCUUUCGUUUCCACCAACAUGAGAAACCUGAAAAAGAGCUUCCACUUAACCCAAGUGGCUGUGCUCGUGGUGAAGUUUAUGAAAGGAAAUCCACAUUCGACAUGUUUAACUUCCUGGCCUCCCAGCAUCGCCAGCUCCCUGAGAGUAGGCCUUGUGAUGAAGACGAGGAUGAUGUUAAGCUCAAAUCUAGCAGACGUGCAACCAGUACGGAAUUGCCGAUGGCAAUGAGGUUCCGACACCUUGAGAAAACGUCUAAAGAAGCUGUAGGAGUGUACAGGUCUGCUAUUCAUGGGCGUGGACUUUUCUGCAAGAGAAACAUAGAAGCUGGAGAAAUGGUGAUUGAAUAUGCUGGUAAUGUCAUUCGAUCAGUCCUUACUGACAAGCGGGAGAAAUAUUACGACAGCAAGGGCAUUGGCUGCUACAUGUUCCGCAUCGAUGACUUUGAUGUAGUGGACGCAACCAUGCACGGAAACGCAGCACGUUUUAUUAACCACUCAUGUGAACCCAACUGUUACUCGCGAGUCAUUAACGUGGAAGGCCGGAAGCACAUCGUCAUAUUCGCUCUGAGGAAGAUCUACCGUGGGGAGGAGCUCACCUACGACUACAAAUUCCCCAUUGAAGAUGCCAGCAACAAGCUGCACUGUAACUGUUCAGCCAGGCGGUGCAGACGCUUUUUGAACUAAGAUUACUGCUUUUCCUUGCCUUUUAAACGGGGUCACCCUUUUAAGAAGUGUUGAAAAUUGAUUGGUGGUUCUCAGGGGCAAAAUAGAAAGUGGAAAGUGGAUGUAGGAAACAUUUGACCUUAAUUGAACAACCAUUUUCAUAUGAAAUCUGAACCUGAAGGACCAGAACAUGACAGACAGCUACAUAACAUUGUUUUUUAUCUGUUAUGUCCUGCUUAAUCUUUCUUGGUUGGCAGCUUUGAAAAUCGUUCUGCUUUUUAGCUUGUGUAAUGCUUAAUUGUUUUCUUAAUGGCUGCUCACAGCCAUGGUGCAGUAACUUCGGCUCACAAGGGCUGCUGAGCGUAAACCCAAUAGUUUGUUUUAAGGGUGUUUUUGCAGUUUUGCUACUGAUUUCUGAAGAGUUCUGUAGAGUCCUGAACUUGCACCUUAUCAACUCUGUAAGAGUUGGAUUGUUAUACCCUGUUUGUGGGACUUUCAGUGAAUUUUGUGAACAGAUGCUUCAGUGAACAUUUUAAAUUCAGGUGCUAAUAAAAGCACCAGACUUUUUUUUUUUGUUUCUGCUGCUUUUAUAUUUUCCACCUAGCUUUGUUUCAUUUUUGAGCACCAUGCAGUCAAUUUGUGUGAGGUUGAUGGCCUAGCCUACUUAAGUGUGGAUUUCCUACAUCUUCCCGCGUUUGGGUACUUGAUUAUUUACCCCUGCUUUUGUGCAGAUGAGGUUCUGUGUUUAUGAAGGGGAGGUCUGCUCUGCGUAGUUAAUUUGUGUGUGUUUUUUUCUUUUAAUAUACCUGUUUUUAUACUUUCUCAACCCUCUAUUUCUUAAGUUACAUAGAUUGCAUAAGCUAUCAGUUCUCUUAGCUGUUCAUAUUGUGUAAAUCCUAAUCCUAAUUUUUCACAUUUUUAAAACAUAGCUUGACAUGUAGAUAUGACUAAAGCAUCACCUGAAGAAAUAAUCGUGCUGUUAUAUAUUAUAUAGCCAAGUGUUGUUGUUUUUUUUCCUCCCCCUUUUACCCUGUCUCUUCCACAGCCAGUCAUACCAGGGACAUUUUCCAGAUCUUCUACCUCAGUGGCUCAUGCCCCUUAAUAGUGAAAUAUGAACAGUAUCGCAGAAUUUGCUGCAGUUCUACACUAGCAUAGAAUUUUCGCAAUAUGACUGCAGAAUAUUAUUAUUGUUAUUAUAAUUGUUGUUGUUGUUCUUAUUAUUUUUUCUUCCUUUCAGCAUCAGACCCUCCCUUGUGCAUUUGUACAGAAUGUUUUGUUUAUGCAACAUGAAGAGUAAGGAUUGAGUCCCUAAUUUAGCAUGAGGAACUUGUCCAUGUUAUUUAGCAUAGUGCAAGUCUUUGUACAUUAUUGUAUAAAAAUGUUGAGAUCUGUUAAAUUUUUCUACGCACUUUUUUUAUUUAUGAUGUUCUAAAUGUAAUAAAGAUCCUACAAUUUUUCAACAAAAUAUA